UACCACAGCGGAUCAAGCUCAAGGUUCAUCUGCGUGGUCAAAGUUUGUGAAUGGUUCUCCUCGUGGUGGCGUUGAGCAGAAAAGGACGUCUCCGUCUGAUGUGACUCGGCUACUUUGAGGUAAAUGGGUGAGCUGAAGAGUCAACGUGGGUCCGGCGGGUUCAGCACCCUGGAAAAAUGGCUGCUGUUUCUUUUCGUGGCAUUGACCUGUGUCUGCAUCGGCCUUGUGGCCAUUUACUUUACCGACAAGGAUGACUCUUCCUCCCACAAGGAAGGGCCUCUGUCGGGGUGUGGUGGUUCUAAGGAGAUGACUGAAAACUCAGGCACCUUCACCAGCUGGAACUACCCCAACAGUUACGACAAUGGCAAGAGCUGCACAUGGAGCAUCACCGUGGACCCGAACAAGGUGAUUCAUCUGUGGUUUGAGGAGUUUGCUUUGGAGGACACUCAGCUCUGCACGGCUGAUUUCAUCACACUGAGAGACACAUUGGGAACUAUUGGUAAAUACUGCGGCUACACCAAACCCAGGCCUGUUGUAACGGUUUCAAACCACCUGAUGUUCUACUUUGACACAAACGACAGGAAAACAGACCAAGGAUUUAAGGUUCAUUAUAAAGCCGUGUCUCCAGAGCUCGCAUCGGAAAUAACCGGAGCCGGCGGGUUUCUCCAAGGUGAUCAGGGGGAUCUGAUGACUCCGGGCUUUCCAGAUCAGAAUUAUCCGAAUGGAGCGCUUUACCAGUGGAGAAUCAUGGUGCCUGAAGGCGAGAGGGUCCGACUGACCUUUACCGCUUUUGACCUCGUCCCUGAGGUCUGUGGAGACUUUGUUCAGGUUUACGACGGCGACAAACCUGGCUCUUCUUUGACAGGUACAUUUUGUGGAGGAAAGAUGCCAAAGCCGGUGGAGUCCUUUGGGAACACGAUGGUUGUCCGCUUCAAAUCCGACAACCGUUUGAAUUCAAAAGGAUUCAAGGCGACUUACACGAAGUCCAGCCUUCCUCCUGUUGUUAUCCCCACAACAACAACAACAACAACAACAACCACCACAGUCACAACAACAACCACCACCACAGUCACCCCCCGACCCACCACACACACCCCAACACCUUCCACCACUCCUGGGAGUGUUGUCAUUCUACAAGGGCGGAAAGGAGUUAUCCAGUCAUUGGGUUUCCCAAAUGCAUAUCCUGCUCAUUCCAGCCAUUCCUGGAAGAUAUCCGUGUCUAAAGGAUUACUGGUGAAGCUGCAGAUCACUGACAUGGCCGUUGCGGGAGAGACCGGACAGUGCAAAGAGGACAAGCUGGUCAUCUCAGAUGACUACAGUAUCCUCGGUACACACUGUGGCCACAUCCUUCCUCCACUGUUGGUCAGUGCCACCAACACAAUGUCUGUCACCUUCCAGUCUGACGAUCGCCUCACUGACAAAGGAUUCUCUGCCAACUGGGAGGCUGUGUAUCCUGAGGAUAUUUCAGAAAUCCAGGGCUGCGGUUUUUCCUCCAAAGAGGAAACUGGAGUCAUUAAGUCCCAAAACUGGCCAAUGAACUACAAGUCCAAUACCGAGUGCAUGUGGAACAUCGCUUUGCCUCUUGGGAAAAAAAUCACUGUGACGUUCACCCAUUUUGACCUGGAAGCCAAAGAUUUCCUAACACUGAAGUGUUACGAUAAUAUAAAGCUGUAUGACAUCAAUGGUUCGACUAAUACACUGAUGCAAAAGCAUGGUCCGUUUUGUGGGAAGAAGCUGCCCGAUAGCAUCCAGACAAAAGGCAACAAGCUGCUGAUUCGUUUUCAUACAGACCUGUUUACUGAGGCCAAAGGCUUCAGAGCCUAUUGGAAUACAAAUCCCAGUCUUCCUGCUCCCACUGAGCCUCCUGUUGAGCCAAAUCCCCGGGAUGGCAUCCCGCUGGGUAGAGCAUCAGUGUCAGACCAAAACUAUGGAGAUUUUUAAGUGCUUUAAUGGCAUAAACUCAUAAAACAUGCUUCCACUCAGUUCUGCUAAACCUUUUUAUGUAUGUCAUGGCAUUGUUCAUGGUAAAUAAAUAAAUGCAUACAGGUUUUGUGCCUUGGUCGCCCUUAACUAAAGGCUUUUUGGGGUUUGUCCAAUAGUUAGAUAUAUAGAGCCUGACUUCAAAUUGUAUUAGUGACAUUUAAAAGGGAAAGCUAUACUUUUAUGUAAUGUUCAGUCAUGCUAAUUUUAUGUUGUGCUCCAAAUUUAUCUCCUUUUGCUGCAGCAUUUUCUUAGUGAUGAUAAAAUUUAAGAACAUAUAUCUAGUAAAGUAUGUGUUCCAUUUUGAA